AUGGGACAGCCGCGCCGGCCCGCCAGCUCCGCCGCGCGCGGGAGCCUGCAGCAUUUAUUCCUCGUCCUGCUCUUCACCGGCCCCUUCAACUGCUUUGCCAGCUACAGCCGCGCCACUGAGCUCUUCUACAGCCUCAAUGAGGGGCUGCCGGCCGGAGUGCUCAUCGGAAGCCUGGCAAGGGACCUGCAGCUGCCUGGCUGGGCAGCAGAGGAGGAGAUGGGGGCAGCACUAGCAAUAGCCCAGGGGCCGGCGCUGAGCUUCAGCCUGGCAUCGCAGGGGCUGGGUGGCCAGUAUGUGAGCCUGGACAACCGCUCGGGGGAGCUGCACACGUCAACACUGGAAAUCGACCGCGAGGUGCUGUGUGCAGAAAACGGUGCCGGCACCUCGCCACCCGCGCCCUCACCUGAGGCAUGCCUGCUGCUGCUGGAUGUGCUGGUGCUGCCCCAGGAGUACUUCCGCCUGGUGAAGGUGAAGAUUGCCAUCCGCGAUGUCAAUGACAAUGCCCCGCGCUUCCCCGUGCCCCACAUCCGCCUCUGGGUGCCUGAGAACGCACCGGUCAACACACGCCUGGCCAUCGAGCACCCAGCCCUGGACCCUGAUGUGGGCACCAACGGUGUCCAGACCUACCGCCUGCGGGACGACUAUGGGGUCUUCACGCUGGACGUGGAGGAGAAUGAGAGUGGGGAGAGGACCCCCUACCUCAUUGUCAUGGGUGCCUUGGACAGGGAGGCCAGGGGCGAGUACGUCACCCUCAUCUUCGCAGAGGAUGGGGGCACUCCUCCGCUGGUUGGCAGUGCCACCCUCACCGUUGGCAUCAGUGACGUCAAUGACAACUGCCCCCAGUUCGGUGAGUCCCAGCUCAACGUCACCCUAUGUGGGAAUUCCAGCACUGGGGCCCGCGUGGCCACUGUCCAUGCUCUGGAUGCGGACUUGGGUUCCAAUGCCCAGAUCACCUACUCCUACAGCCAGAAGGUCCCACAGCCUUCCAAAGACUUGUUCCACCUGGAUGAAAGCAAAGGCAUUGUUGAACUCUCCAGGAAGAUUGAUGGUGAUACUCCCCGGCUCCACCGGUUGAUCAUUUUGGCCAACGGUCCUGGGUGCAUCCCUGCUGUGAUCACUGUCCUAGUGUCCAUCAUCAAAGUCAUGAUGAGACCUCCAGAGGUGGUCCCUCGUUUCAUAGCUAAUGAAGUAGACGGGGUAGUUUACUUGAAAGAAUUGGAGCCUGUAAACACUCCAAUUGCAUUUUUUACCAUAAAAGACCCAGAUGAAAAAUACAAAGUUGAUUGCUACUUAGAUGGUGAUGGGCCAUUCAGAUUGACGCCAUAUAAACCGUACAAUAAUGAAUAUCUGUUAGAGACUACAAAGCCUUUGGACUAUGAGGUACAGCAGCUCUAUGAAAUAUCAGUGGUUGCAUGGAACUCAGAGGGAUUUCACGUCAACAAAAUAAUUAAAGUGCAAGUUCUGGAUGAUAAUGACAACUCACCAGUUUUCUCUCAACAAUUAAUAGAAUUAUCCAUUGAGGAAAACAAUGUCCCCAAUGCUUUCUUGGCCAAAUUGCAUGCAACAGAUGCUGACAGUGGAGAGAGAGGGAAAGUGUCCUAUUAUCUAGGGCCUGAUGCUCCAUCCUAUUUUGCUUUAGAUAAAACCACUGGAGUUCUUACAGUUUCCACCCAGCUGGACAGAGAGGAAAAAGAGAAAUACAGGUACACUGUCAAGGCAGUAGAUUCUGGAUUGCCCCCCCGAGAAUCAAUAGCUACUGUCACCAUCACAGUACUGGAUAAAAAUGACAAUAGUCCUAGAUUUAUCAAUAAGGAUUUCAGCUUUUUUGUACCAGAAAACUUUCCAGGUUUUGGUGAAAUUGGAGUUAUCAGUGUCACAGAUGCUGAUUCAGGGCAAAAUGGAUGGGUUGCCCUUUCAGUUGUAAAUGGAAGUGAUAUUUUUGUCAUAGAUACUGGCAAAGGCAUUUUGAGAGCUAAAGUCUCUCUGGACAGGGAGCAGCAAAGUUCCUAUGUCCUGUGGAUUGAAGCUGUCGAUGGAGGUGAUCCUGCUUUGUCUUCUACUGCAAAAAUAACAGUUCUUCUUCUGGACAUAAAUGACAACCCCCCUCUGGUCUUGUUUCCUCAAUCUAACAUGUCCUAUCUGUUGGUACUUCCAUCUACUCUUCCUGGCUCUCCCAUCACUGAGGUGUAUGCUGUAGAUAAAGACACAGGCAUGAAUGCUGUCAUAGCUUACAGCAUCAUAGGUAGAAGAGGUCCUCGACCUGAAUCAUUUCGGAUUGAUCCGAAAACGGGUAAUAUCACCUUGGAGGAGGCACUGAUGCAGAAUGACUAUGGUCUGUAUCGGCUGCUUGUGAAAGUCAGUGAUCAUGGCUACCCAGAGCCACUCCACUCUACAGUCAUGGUAAACCUUUUUGUCAAUGACACUGUUAGCAAUGAGAGCUAUAUUGAAAGUUUGUUAAGAAAGGAACCUGAUAUCAAUAUAGAGGAAAAACUGCCACAAAUAUCUAUAGAGCCUACACAUAAAAAAAUAGAGUCAGCAUCUUGUGUGCCUACCUUAGUAGCUCUGUCAAUAAUAAGCUUGGGAUCAAUCACCCUAGUGACUGGGAUGGGCAUUUACAUCUGUUUAAGGAAAGGGAAAAAGCCUCACAGUGCAGAUGAAAAUUUGGAAGUACAAAUCCCACUAAACAGAAGAAUUAACCUACACAUGUUGGAGAAAAAACCGAUGGAGAUUUCGAAUAUCUGAGGUUUCCAUACAGACAUUUCAAACGACGUCUAACAAACCCUGGAUGAUACUGAAACUCCAAAUGGAACGUGUGUUGACAGAGAUUACAAUGAAGGACCACUAAUUUAUAAUUUGAUAAUAAUAUACAUGUAAAUAGCUGUUUACAGUUUUUUAACUUCAAAUUCAGUGUACAGCUUUUUUAUGAAAUCUUAGUACUAACAGCUAGCAAUCUUUCUCUGAAAACACGGAUAUCAUUUUCAGCCUUCAUAAACCAAUCAGAUCAGUGAUCGCAAAGAAAAAGGAAGGUAAGAUGAUAAUGCAUUAAACUUCAGUUUAAAAGUCAUUGUAACCACAAGAGGGCUUCAGCUACUCCUGUGCGGGGAACUGUUUGAGGUACUGUCCAUGAGACAAAUGCAGAGUAUAUUGUAUAUUUUAAAUAUAUUGAUUAUAAAAUAAAACAUACACAGGCAUAGACACAUUUACACAAAAGAAAGGUGUGCCCUACUGUAUGUAAAGCAAAAAGAAUAGGGAAAAGAAAAUGCACUAGGAAAACAAAGAGAAUGUUUAUUACCUCACAAGUAAAGUUUGCUCAUUAUGAAAGAAAAGGCAUUAAAAAGAAGUGCAAUUCCUGUGGAGCAAGAAUGCAAGAUGUUGUCACACAGUGAGAAUUUGAACUGCUGUGACAUCUAAAUCUUUCAUUUACUGCAGGGCUAUUAUCUUUGCACAAAUUACCAGUUGCUCCAGCAGUUUACUGGCCAUUAUCAUGGAAAAUUGUAUUAAUAGUACUUACAGCAAAGACAGACAAAACUCUAUGCCCCUCUCAAUAAGUCUGUGGCCAGAUACAAGGAAGCAAGGGAAUGGCUAAAUCCUUAGCUGUCAUGGAAUUGUUAAUUUUUUUUUGUACUUUCAGCAAUCUGUCAGUAGUACUUCAUCACUUUGGUUGUGUAAUAUAUUUUUACGUGAUACUUCUGAAUCUGUUCUGUCAGAUGAAAACAAAAAUCAUUUCAUAUUAUUAGCAAUUUUAGGACUUAGUUUAUACUGACUAUUGCUGCUCUCUGGAUUGGUAUUUCAUGUGUAAGAUCUAAUUUCUGAGUUUUGGCUCCUACUCCUGGCUCCUUUUUAUUGGCUUUGCUUUUGGAUCAGAUCCAAAAUCUUACGUGUAAGACUGGUGACAUAUUUUCUUGAUAAUUUAUUCUUUGCUGUAUCCUCUGCAACAAAGCAGAUUUAUCAGUGAUGUAUUACUUUCACUUCAUUGUAAGAGCUGGGAACUAUCUUUUGUAUGAUGGUUACAUCAAAUUUAUCUGUGUAAACAAGGUAAAUAAGUGUUAAGCUUAAGAUUGAUUAUUUUGAUUUUUGGCAUCAUAUGUCUGUACUGUACCAAAAGUGUUUAUAUGUCUGCAAAUUAAAGCUAUAUAUUUUCAUAAUAAUU